AUCUUCCUCCUCGAUAUAACCUCUCCACUCCAUCUUUUUCUCCACCAAAAAAUAAAAAUUAAAAGACAAAAAAAAAAAAAAAACUGAAGAAAAGUAUGGAAAUAGAAGCCGACGCAACCUUGAGAGGCCAGGUCCAGAUAUGGAAGCACAUGUUGAGCUUCGCAGAUUCCAUGGCUUUGAAAUGCGCCGUCGAGCUUCAGUUACCCGAUAUCAUCCAUUCUCAUGCCGCCCCAAUCACCUUGUCCCAAAUCGCUUCCACCAUUCCGGGCGCUUCCUCGCCGGACCUCUCCUGCCUUGCCCGCAUCAUGCGCCUGCUCGUCCGCCGUCAGAUAUUCACCAAACACCAACCCUCUGACGGCGGGGAAGCCCUCUACGGGCCGACUCACUCUUCAAGAUGGCUGCUGAGCAAAACGGCGUCGAACAAUGGUCAACUAACUCUAGCUCCGAUGGUUCUGAUGGAGAACCAUCCCUGGCUGAUGGCUCCAUGGCACUGCUUCAGCCGCUGCGUGAGGGAAGGUGGGAUCGCCUUUAAGAAGGCCCACGGUGGCCAGAGCAUAUGGGACUACGGCGCAGAGAAUCCGGAGUUUAAUAAGCUGUUUAACGACGCCAUGGAGUGUACGGCCAAGGUCGUAAUGAGAGCCAUUUUAUCAGAUUACAGAGAUGGCUUUGCUGACCUCAAAUCGUUGGUUGAUGUCGGCGGUGGCACAGGUGGUUCCAUAUCUGAGAUCGUGAGAUCACAACCGCACAUCAGAGGCAUCAACUUUGAUCUGCCGCACGUGGUCGCCACUGCUCCGGCGUACCCCGGCGUGUCCCAUGUGGGAGGGGACAUGUUUGAUUGUGUCCCCACUGCUGACGCAAUUUUCAUGAAGUGGAUAUUGCAUGAUUGGAGUGACGAAGAUUGUGUGAAGAUCUUGAAAAAUUGCCGGAAAGCAAUUGCAGAGGAAAGUGGAAAACUUAUUAUUGUGGAGUCAGUUUUGGAAGAAGGAGAAGGAGAAGCAGAAAGCAAUGACCUGUUUGGUGACACUGCUUUGGUGUUUGACCUAGUAAUGGUGGCACACACCACCGGAGGAAAGGAGAGAACUCACAAGCAGUGGAAGACUAUUUUGGAAGAAGGAGGCUUCCCUCGCUAUAAUAUCACCAAAAUUCAGGCCUUAACAUCCAUUAUUGAGGCCUAUCCAAACUAAUACAUAAAUAUAUAUAUAUAUAUAAACUUAAUAUUUCAAUAAUAAUAUAUGUAUGCAUAUACCCCAGCCCAGCUUUGUGUGGACAUAGUAUAUACUAUCAUGUAUAUGCUCUAGCAUUCUUAAAUAAUUAUCAUUGGUUGAUGGAAUAAUUAGUUGUAUGUGCUGUGUAAUACACAGUUUAUAUAUAUAUAGCACCAACAAUUAAUACUUUGGACUU